GGCCAAUGGAGAAAAAGCUUAGAGGGCAAGGCCUCCAUGAAUUCCCCAAUAGGAAGCAGCUUUGCUUUCUCUGUCUCUCAGGGCACUGCACCAACAAGUCAGUUUCUGGGAAAACAAGUGUCGGUGCCAGCGCCUGGUGAGGCUUCCACAGCUGCUCUUUCAGAGACAGGUGCAUGGAGACAGUUCGGGUUUCAGUGGUGGGUGCAGGCGUGAUGGGGCUCUCCACGGCGUUGUGUAUUUCCAAGUUAGUUCCUGGAUGCUCCAUCACGAUCAUUUCAGACAAGUUUACUCCCCAUACUACGAGCGACGUGGCAGCUGGGAUGCUUAUUCCUCACACUUACCCAGACAUCCCCAUUCCCAAGCAGAAGCAGUGGUACAGAGAGACCUUUGACCACUUGUUUGGAAUUGCCAAUUCUGCAGAAGCUGGAGAUGCUGGUGUUCAUCUUGUGUCUGGUUGGCAGAUAUUUCGGAACGUUCCUGCUGAAGAAGUGCCGUUCUGGGCAGAUGUGGUUUUGGGAUUCCGGAAGAUGAGUGAGUCUGAGUUGAAGAAAUUCCCCCAACACGUUUUUGGUCAGGCUUUCACAACUCUGAAAUGUGAGGGCCCUGCUUACCUGCCAUGGUUGGAGAAGAGGAUAAGAGAAAGUGGGGGCCUGGUACUCAUCCAACAAAUAGAAGACCUCUGGGAGCUGCAUCCAGCCUUCGACAUCGUGGUCAACUGUGCGGGCCUAGGCAGCAGACAGCUGGUUGGGGACUGGCAGGUGUUCCCUGUAAGGGGCCAGGUGCUCCAAGUGCAGGCCCCAUGGGUGAAGCACUUUGUUCGAGAUGGAAGUGGGCUCACCUAUAUUUACCCUGGUGUGUCCACCAUCACCCUGGGCGGAACCAGACAGAAGGGAGACUGGAAUCUGUACCCAGAUGCAGAAACAAGCAAAGCUAUUCUCUCCCGGUGCUGUGCUUUAGAACCCUCCCUCCAUGCAGCACGUGAUAUCAGGGAGAAGGUAGGCUUGAGACCCUGCAGACCAGGAGUGCGACUCCGGAAGGAGCUUUUAGUCCAAGGUGAUCAGAGGUUGUUUGUGGUCCACAACUAUGGCCACGGCAGUGGGGGCAUCUCAGUGCAUUGGGGCUGUGCUUUAGAGACUGCCAGGCUGGUGAGUGAGUGUGUAGAGGCUCUGAGGUUACCUGUUCCCCAAUCCAAGUUGUAGGUGAUAUAAAAUGAUAGAAGAUGGCCCCUGUACCAACUGAUCAAAGUAUAGUGAAAAUACUUGCACAGAUGCAAGUAACUUUGCCAUUGCCAGAAAGUGUAGAAAGUUCCUAAUUUUUAAAAUUAGAGUACACAAAGGAAGUGUAGAGGACGCUUACUUUGCAUGUGACUGACCUCAGUUACAAUCCUCGACACAACACAUGACGCCCCACCAAGUACCACCAGGGGUCACUCCUGAGCACAGAGCCAGGAGUAGUUUAUACGCAAUGCUGGAUGUGCCCCCC